ACUGCUCGAAUGCUUCAGUCAGCGCUCGAGGGAACUGAGGACUAGAGCUAGAGAGAGCUGAGAGAAAGAAGAGGAAGAUGGGCUCCAGCAGAGUUGGUAGAGUUUCAGUUGUUCUUCUACUGCUCAUCGUCGUUUUGGUUUGCGCCGCAGGAGGCAGGGGUCUGGCCGAAGAAAAGAUUCAGAAGGACCAUCGCAACGCUGCACACAAGGAGGGAACGACAGCUCUAGGCAGUCAUCCAAGGAACCUCAUGGUGAAGACGAAUGACUACGGCCGCUACGACCCGACUCCAGCGUUCUCCAGGCCUCGCUUCAAGCCUAUACCUCACUGAUGGACAUGACCGUUGCUCUGCUCCUGCACAGUCAUAAAUAUGGUUAAACUAAUUAACAACAUAUAUACGUAUAUAACUAAAUCAGAAUUGAUGAGUAUAGUACUAUGGUUGUCAUUUCUGUAAGGUAUGCGAACCACUGGUUCGGGCACUGUUUUCCUAAGUUUGUAACUGAUAUAAGAGUAAGGGUUGUACUGUAUGUCCAAUGUUAUAUUUAUAGUUAUGCAAUAUGCCACAAAAACAAUAUGUUUA